AUGAACGAAUUUCUCGACAAUUGCCACUCGAUCGAGCCAACUAACGAUGACGUGUUCAAAGACAAAACGAGGAUAGCGGAAGUAGCUGCUGCCACAUUGUGCAGGUUGAACAGCAUAAUGAAGCAGAUGAAAGACUGGCGGGACGAUCGCAUGAAAUUGCGAUCCAACAUAUGGCGUCUGAAGCUUGCGUUACGCGUUGCUGGAAGGGAGACGGACAGCAGUGUCCACGCUGACCCAUUGAUCGAGCAACAGAAAGAGGAAAUCAAACGACUGGAGACGACCAACAGGGAAUUGAAGAAGGAGAUUGCCAAUAUUAAAUCGAGUCUGCUCUGUAAAGGGUACGUGACGCAGGAAACGGAUUGGAAAUCCGACGACAAGCUCGUGGAAGUUGAGCAGGAGUAUUUGAUGGAGAGGGAACGUUUGAACAACGAGAUCCAGUAUCUGAAAAGUCGGUUGAACGAGGUCGAGGAGGGUCAUGUACACAGUUCGGAAGUGGAACACUUAAAAUGCAAGCUGAAGCACUUCAUGAUGGUCGACUACACUAUGGAGAUUAUAUUCACCGAUAUAGUUAACAAAGUGGCCGAGACUAUAGCGAAUUUGUCCGAGGAGUUGGUGAACGUGAACGAACGUUUGCACAGAUCGCAAAUGAGGAACGACAAUCUUUACGUGGAGAUCGAUAAAUUGAAAGCUAUGCUCAGAUUCAAGAACGGCAACUUGAUGGAUUACCAGAGAAGGAUAGUCGAGCUGGACAAUGUGACGAAACGUUUGAAAACGGAAGUGAACAAGUUCAAGGUUAGUUACGAGGAGAGCUCGUGGAGCAUCGGGUCCACCAACUUGAAAAACGUGGAACGUUUCGUGAACGAUUUGAAGUGCAAGCUGAGGAACGAUCACGAGGCUCUGCUCGGCGGCGGUGAUCCCUAUUGUUUCAUGUACAUUCAGAAAAUCAUCGAGUUGCGGAUCAAUUUGCGACAAUUGCACAUCGACCUGGCAAAAUCGAUCGGCAAGGAGCAUAGAACUUCGGAGAAAUUGAUGGAGCACAACGAAUACAUGAAACAGCUUUCCAAGUUGGACUCGAUCUUGAAAGAGAUCAACAACGAGAUCGACAAGUUGAAGAGCAAUCACGUGAAAAGGCAUUAUAAAAUCGGCGAUUCCGAGGGACUCGAGUAUUUGAACAAGAUAGUGGAGCUCGAGGCGAUAAUCGAGGAGAUACAAUCGGCGAUGAACAGGUUGAAUCGUUGCUCGAAAGGGAAGUCGAACGAGUCGAAGGACAUUGAAAAAUUGGAGGAAUUCGUCGGCAGAGUGUGUCACGAGAUCAAGCAGUUGGAAGUGAUCGUGGUGUCGAGCGAUCGUUUGAGCGUGUUCAAGAGGAUCGACCAGCUCGAGGAGUCGAUCGUCCGGUUGAAGACCGAGUUGAGCAAUAAGGAGGCGCACAUGACCGACCUCGAUCAGGAAUUAGUGGACACGGACAGUAUGUUGAAGCAAAAGAUGGUGGCGUUGCAGGACGCGCGGCAAGAGAUCACGAUACUGAUACAGGAGAACAAAGUGUUGAAGGAGAAGACGAACGUGAUGGAGGAGAAGACGUCCGAGCUUCAAUGCGAACACGAGGACGUAAAGAAGGAGUUGGAACAGUUGCAAUACGUGAAACACGAGGCAAAUUUAACGAAGAAGAAAUUGCAAAAUCUUCAGGACGACAAAGAGGAGUUGUUAAACGAGAUGCAGAAAAUUCGUGACGCCUUGAACAAGAAAAACGAGGAGACGAAGAUCGUUCUUGCCGAGAAGAAUACGAUGGAGAGGGUGUUCAACGUGAAAAUCGCGGAUUUGUCGAAGAAUCUUCAGAUCAGUUCGAAGGAGAAUGAAAAAUUACAGAAUAAGGUGAACGAAUUGGAACGGAUGAAAUAUAGGCGGGAAGCGUCGAACGUCGAGAAGGAGAACGAGAGUGCGAGACGCCUCAAGGAUAUAACGGAGAAGAUGAACAACGAGAUACAGUUAUUGAAGGUAAAUUUGAAAAUUUCGAAGGAGGAUUUCAAUCAUGCGAAUCGAGAGAUCGCCGAUCUAAAAAUUAAAUUGGAACAUUUAUCCGAUGAAAAGACCAAGUUAGAAUCGAGCGUUGCUCAGUUAGAAUCGAAGAAGGAGAUACUGGUGUAUCAAUUGGGGGCCGAGAAAACGACCGCCGACGAGAGGCUGAAAGAGAUCACCAAGUUGAAAUCAGAUUACGUCGAAUUAGACGUCGAGAAGGUGAAUCUGAAAAUGGAGAAGGAACAAUUGAACGUGAAUUUCACGAAUUUGAAGGUGGAGAAGGAACAGAUAGAGAAAUCUCUAGAACUCGUUCAAAGCAAGUGUUGCACGUUCGAAAAUAAAAUUGAUAAAUACAAGUAUGAGCGCAACAAUCUGCUCGAAGAAGUGAGAAAUCUUAAGGUGACCAAGGAAACUUUAACCAUCAAAUUGGAGGAGACGAAGUCGCAAUUGGACGGAACUGGAGAUAAGAUAAGACAAUUAGAGGUUGAAAAUUCGAAACUUCAUAGCGAUCUGAACGAAUUGACUGCGAAGAAGACGAGCCUUGAACAAGCUUUUGAAACCCGUGAACAAACGCUUUUGUCGGAGAACCACGACCUCGCAACGCGCGUUAACAAAUUGGAGGGGGAAAACCAGAUGUUGAGAAAUCAAUUGAAGGAAAGUAAAACGACAAACGUCGAGUUGAUUAAACUCAAGACGGAAUAUGAUAACGUGAAAUUGGAAAAUACCACUCAAUUGGACGAGUUAAGGCAAUGUAAUGAAAUGUUGAAGGAAAUGAACAACGAGUUGAAAAUGAAACUGAAUGAAAUUCACAGCGAGUACAGAAUAUUGGAGAAUCAGUUGAAGAUCUUGGAAUUGAUGAAUAGCACGUUGAAGAAGGACAAAGAAUUAUUGGAAAAAGAAUAUAUGAACGCUCUGCAGAGAUUGAGAAUAGAGAGGAUGGAGAAGGAAGGAAUCACGUCGGGCAGCGAAUCAGUUUCCACCGAGCAAAACGAAGAAACGGAAAAGGGGAAAUUUGAGAAACGGCCGAAAAAGGAAAAGGUACCGGAGAAAGAAGUAAUAAAGAAAUUGAUAAUGGAAAAUGAAUCGUUGAAAUUCGAGAUAUUGAAUUUGAGGAGUCAAAACUACGAAAUUAAAACGCAAUUGAAUCAAACGAAGGAAGAGAUUCAAAGGCAAAAGUCGAAUGCCGUGGAGAAAAAGACGAAUGAAACGACGAUUAAACCUAUCUCGAAUAAAUUGGAGAUCGUGAAUCUUUAUUACAAAGAGAUUAACAGUUAUUCGUCUCGUGGUUUGAGGAAUACAGAGGCGGUAACGCACAUAGACCAAUCGAGUUUAUGCCUGUAUGAAGGUAUGAAUCGUGGGUCGGACAUAGACAUCGAAAAAUUACUGGAAAUAAUGAACAAAUUGAAAGUGGAGAACAUUGCCUUGAGAAUGGAAGUGAACUCUUUGAGAUGCAACUUGAUUAUUAAUUUCUCUGAAGACGAGAAGAAGAAGAAAGAGCUACGGAUAGCCACGGACGAGAUUCAAGCAUUGAAAUCGGAAUUGAAGAAACUGAGGGACGAAAGAGAAUCGUUGCGAGUUAAAUUCAAUACGACUAAUGCGAAAUUGGAUCUGUUAGAAUCUGAGAAAGCUGCUUUGAAGAAUGAACUGUAUACUAUAAGGAACAUUAAUUCGGAUUUCAAACAAAAGAUAAGCGAUUUACACAGCACUUAUCAAAAAUCGAAGGAGAAGAAUUUAGUAUUCGAAAAUUGUAUCGUGAAAGCAAUUAAAAAGAUAGAGAAAUAUACUUUAUGCGAUCACAUGCAAAUCAAAGGUAAUAACGAAUUGAAGGUACUUUUGAAGAAAUACAUAUCAAACGAAGAAAUUUUGCAAUCGAUUGAACAAAGAAUAGAUAUAGAAACGACAUGA